CUUCAUAUCACCCUCAUUUGCUGAAUCCAAAAAAACCCCUUUUUUCACGCUGGUGGUAGUAUAUUCCAUUCGGCUUGGUCCUGACUUGCGGUUCUUCUCUCCGUGGCCUCGGCUAUCUCGAUAGAUGGAGCCAAACAUCUCCGAGCCGUCGCAAGCGCAACCUGCUGCUGAGGAGCCGGUGAAGUCCAUCGAAGGCGAUGGCAAACGCGAUGGCUCGGUCGCAACUAGCACUGUUUCUGACGAACAAUUGAGAUCUAUGAUGGAUGUUGUCAUGGCGAUUUAUGAAUUCAGAGAAGAGGAUGGCCAUGAUCCGUCCAAGUUGUUCCAACGCAGCGUCAAUAAACGCCUUGUUCCUGACUAUUAUGACAUUAUUAAGGAGCCGAUGGCACUCAGCAUUCUGAAGCAGAAGAUCAACAAACGUGAAUAUAAGGAAUUCGCUGACUUUGUGCGCGACUGCGCACUGAUCCCCCACAAUGCACAGACUUAUAACCGCCCUAAGUCUCAGGCUUACGAAGAUGCCCUCGUCAUCAAGGAUGUCUUCGUUGCCGAGUUUGAGAAGUUGGUGAAACAAGGCAUUAUUUCUGCAGAGGAUGCCGAACUCCCCGACCUCGGGGAGAUACCUGAAGCAGACCCUCUCCCUGAAGAGGAUGAGGAGGAAGAUGAUGACGAUGACGACGACGACGAGGAAGAGGAUUCUGACGAAGAAAGUCGGCGCAAAAAGAAAAGGGGACCUCGUGCAGGCAGCAAACGUGAUACGGGGAAAGAUGAUGGCCAAAAGUCCAAUGAGCCAGAAGUAAGGAAGAAGAGAGGCAGACCACCGCGUGUCGAUACCCCUAUGGAGGCAAGGAUCAAAGCUGUUCUAAAGGGCAUCCGAAAGCUAAAAGGGCCUAACAAUCAACUCAAAGUGCGACACUUCGAACGCUUACCCGACAAGGCCAUGUAUCCGGAUUAUUAUGUUGAAACCAAGGAACCGAUUGCCAUCGAUAUCAUCAAGCGCAAGUCGAAAAGAAAGAAAUACAAUUCGGUAGACCAUUUCAUGAGAGACAUGGAACUCAUGUUCAACAACGCGAAGGCCUAUAAUCAACCUGACAGUCAGAUUUACAAGGAUGCCGUUGAUUUGCAAUUGGAAGCACGAAAGCUUGCCGACCUUGAGAAAAAGAAGCCAGACAGCGAGUACCUGAUGGAGGAUGGACGUCUGCCGUUGCCGGAAGGGAUUCUUCACAAGUCGGAAUUAUGGAGGGUCGGCGAUUGGGUCCAUAUCCAGAACCUUAAUGACGUGACGAAGCCUAUUGUGGCGCAAAUAUAUCGCACAUGGCAGGAUUCAGAGGGAGAGAAAUGGGUCAAUGCUUGUUGGUACUAUCGCCCCGAACAAACGGUCCAUCAUGUGGAGAAGCACUUCUACCCCAACGAGGUGGUGAAAACAGGACAAUACCGCGAUCAUCGGGUUGAAGAGAUUGUCGAUAGAUGCUUUGUCAUGUUCUUCACCCGUUACAAUCGCGGACGGCCUCGAGGCCUACCUCCCAACAAAGAUGUCUACGUUUGCGAAGCCCGCUACAAUGAAGAGAAGCAUAAACUGAACAAGAUCAAGACUUGGGCUAGUUGUCUCCCUGAUGAGGUCAGGGAAAAGGACUACGAGAUGGACUUGUUCGAAGCUCCCCGACGGAUCAAAAAGAUCCCAAGCCCCAUCAAACACUUGCUCAGGAUUGAUGCAACGGAAACCGAUGAUCUUCCAAAGCCAACAUGGGGAGCUGAGAAUGCACCGCCUGUUGUUGGCGCGGUUCAUCGCCGCCCGCGUGAUGAGAACGAAUCACCACCUCCGGAGCCCACGCCUUCUCCACCCCCGUCAUUACCUCAGCCAGCUUUGCCCUCGGCUCCACUUCGGCAGUCAUCGAUUAGCCAAAUCCCUCCACGGUCCAGUGUAGAGAAUCAAGGCACCGGUGCCGCGGCGAGCGCAUUGCCUGCUACGGCUCGCUCGCCAGCUGUAGCCAUACCUCCAACUCAGAGCUCGCCAGCCCCGGGCGCUCCGAUGGCUUUUUCUCAGCCCCAAAUUCCUCCGACUCAGCCUUCUCAGCAUGGGUUACCGAGAAGCUCCAGCGGGUUCGUGCCGCAGACCCCACACCCUAGCGCCUACCAAGCUCCGGCUGUGUCCCAUCAUUUCUCGGCCGCCCAGUCAACCCCUUACAUGCCGUAUCAAGGAAACCGUCUACAUGGAUCUACGAUGACAACCUUUAAUCCUAAUGCACCUCGUCCCAUCGAAGUCUUCCAUCUGAGUGAUACUGCAAACGCCGCCAUACCCGCAAAUGUUCGCGAACAGUUCCACUGUGAUGACCAAGGUCAUAUCCUCUUCUUCUCGACCCCACCUCUAGACAUCAUUUCAUCCUAUCAGCAGAAACUGGGACAUUCUCUCAAGUAUCUGGCCGCAAAGGAGGAGCGGCGCAGACUAGUGGAGACCAAGAAACGCAAAGGGACGCAGGAUCAAGCGGGACAGGCAUUAAUUGUCAAGCGCCCCCGAGCAGAUGAGAAAGUUGCUCUUGAAACUCAAGUGGAGAUGCUCACAGUCAAGGCUUGGGACACCAUGACAAGUCAAAUUGUGGCAGGCACGGACAAGCUCUAUGAAAUUGUGUAUCAAAAUGAAGGAGAAAGUGUUAGGCGAGCAGAUAUCAAGGCACACGAACAGCGGAGAAUAGCCGAUCGAGUCUCGCACGAGAAGACAGCGCAUAUCCAAUCUCACUCACAGAACGCACUGUUUGUUAGCCUUAAAGGUAGUGCCAUGUAUAUGUCUGACGUUGACACGAAAAGCUGACGAAAAGAAACGCUCCCUUAUGAGCCACUGUUGACUACUCGGCAUACAUUCGGAAUGGUGGACCGAAAACAAACCAAAGUGUUCUUGUCGAGAAAAUUGUGGCUAAAUAGGUGAAUUUCUGAAUUGGGCGUUGAUAAGUAUUAUGAGCUAUUGAUGUAUACGUUCAUAAGUCUAAUUAAUUAUGACCAGGGUCGUCAUGGUCAUGCUUACCUCGUCCCAAAUAGUGAUUAUAUAGUAAAA